CGCUGGACGGCCAGGGGGAAAGCGAGGCCCGAGCCUCUGCAUCUAGGGUCAAAAUGGUCUCAAUCCCAGAAUACUAUGAAGUCAAGAAUGUUCUGCUCACUGGAGCUACUGGCUUCCUAGGAAAAGUGCUUCUGGAGAAGUUGCUGAGGUCUUGUCCAAAGGUGAAUUCAGUAUAUGUUUUGGUGAGGCAGAAAGCUGGGCAGACCCCUCAAGAACGAGUGGAAGAAAUCUUGAGUGACAAGCUGUUUGAUCGAUUGAGAGAUGAAAAUCCAGAUUUUACAGAGAAAAUAAUAGCAAUCAACAGUGAACUUAGUCAACCUAAACUGGCUCUUAGUGAGGAAGAUAAAGAGGUCAUCAUAGAUUCUACCAAUAUUAUAUUCCACUGUGCAGCCACUGUAAGGUUUAAUGAAAAUUUAAGAGAUGCUGUUCAGUUAAAUGUGAUUGUUACAAGACAGCUUAUUCUCCUUGCACAACAAAUGAAGAACUUGGAGGUGUUCAUGCAUGUAUCUACAGCAUAUGCCUACUGCAAUCGAAAACAUAUUGAUGAAGUGGUAUAUCCACCCCUUGUAGACCCCAAGAAGCUGAUUGAUUCUUUAGAGUGGAUGGAUGAUGGCCUAGUAAAUGAUAUCACACCAAAGUUGAUAGGAGAUAGAACUAAUACUUAUAUAUACAUGAAAGCGUUGGCAGAAUAUGUUGUACAACAAGAAGGAGCAAAGCUAAACGUGGUGAUUGUAAGGCCAUCGAUUGUGGGUGCCAGUUGGAAAGAACCUUUUCCAGGAUGGAUUGAUAACUUUAAUGGACCAAGUGGUCUCUUCAUUGCGGCAGGGAAAGGAAUUCUUUGAACAAUGCGUGCCUCCAACAAUGCCCUUGCAGAUCUUGUUCCUGUAGAUGUAGUUGUCAACACGAGUCUUGCGGCAGCCUGGUAUUCCGGAGUUAAUAGACCAAGAAACAUCAUGGUGUACAAUUGUACAACAGGCAGCACUAAUCCUUUCCACUGGGGCGAAGUUGAAUACCAUGUAAUUUCCACUUUCAAGAGGAAUCCUCUCGAACAGGCCUUCAGAUGGCCCAGUGUAAAUCUAACCUCCAAUCACCUUUUAUAUCAUUACGGGAUUGCUGUAAGCCACAAGGCCCCAGCAUUCCUGUAUGACAUCUACCUCAGGAUGACUGGAAGAAGCCCAAUGAUGAAAACAAUAACUCGUCUUCACAAAGCUAUGGUCUUUCUUGAAUAUUUCACAAGUAAUUCUUGGGUUUGGAAUACUGACAAUGUGAAUAUGUUAAUGAAUCAACUAAAUCCUGAAGACAAAAAGACCUUCAAUAUUGAUGUACGGCAAUUACAUUGGGCAGAGUAUAUAGAGAACUACUGCAUGGGAACUAAGAAAUAUGUACUGAAUGAAGAAAUGUCUGGCCUCCCUGCUGCUAGAAAGCAUCUCAACAAAUUGCGGAACAUACGUUAUGGCUUCAAUACUAUUCUUGUGAUUCUGAUCUGGCGCAUUUUUAUUGCAAGGUCACAAAUGGCAAGAAACAUCUGGUACUUUGUGGUUAGUCUGUGUUACAAGUUUCUGUCAUACUUCUGAGCUUCUAGCACUAUGAGAUACUGA